AUGGGCGUCCCUCUGUGUGCAGGCCCUUGGGCUGGGCUGUCCCUCAGAAGUUGUACCACUGGAAAGCCUCGAGAUUUCCCUUACCUUAGCAUGUUCCUGGCAGUUGCUGCCCUGUCAAGUGGGGGCCUGUACACUAAUUCUCUCCUUCCCGAAGCACCGGACCUGCAAAGACUCUCGACUGAGAAGCCUGAUGAGGUAGGUCGCAUGGAUACCGAGUACCUAGGGGGGCAAACUGUCGCCGCAAGCACCAGCAAGUCUACUUGUCACCGUUUUGGGGUUAAGGUGUCGCCGCGCUUGGGCUUGCGCCUCAAAUGCAAGCCUCGAUUCGAGCAUCUCGAUGAAUGGCUAACAACAAAGUUGAAGCCCAACAAGUACGAAUGCCAGGAUAUGAUCCUGACGGAACACUCAAGAUCUUGA